GAACUAUUUCCUCUCUCUCAGACAAGGAAAGCUGAAAGGUUUCUGUUGGUGAGGAGUGUUUCAAUUGUUCAGAUGAACUGGGCUUGCGUGAUUUGGUUUUUGUACAGCAGAUUCCCUGAAUCUGCCCCUUCCAUCAACAAAGCUUUUAGAGGAUAAGUUCAUGCAAAUGGUUUCUAGUUUAUUAUCUCUGAAUCUUCCCUGAACAAAGCUUUAGAUGAUUAAUUCAUGAAAGGAAAAAAAGUGUACAAGCUGACGGAGAAAAUCAUGUUGAUAGUAUGAACUGAAUUAUUGUCCUAAAGGCAUUGAAGUAUAGAAGAGAACAUUUCAGAUCAUGUUUUAAACUACUUCUAUUCAAUCUGUGUUGGGUCAUUUGAAUUUGCACAUUUCAGUUAUUGUAGCUCUGUUGGGAGUUGAGGAUAUGGUCAGUCAUUUUGGAAAGCUAUGGGCUCAAAUGUUCUGGCAGGAUGCAAAAGUUCAUGUUUAUCAAGUCAUGAAUAUCAUCUUUGUUUCUAUUUUAUAUUUGCUAGUAAACCUGAAUUCGGAUCUUUUCAUAUUCUAGGAGAUGGAGUUAGGAUCGUCCAAUGAUGAUAUACUGACUGAAAUCUUAUCGCGACUGCCCACUGAAUAUCUACUUCAACUAAAAACCGUCUCUAAAGGGUGGCACCGCCUUAUAUCUGAUCCUUGUUUCAUCCGUAUUCAGUUAGAAAGAUCACAGAAUAUAUCAGGUUUCUUCUUCCAAGAGAGAUUUUAUUGGUGUGAUGAAGAUAUUCCAUCUUUGAGUUACCUAUCUGUUGGAAUGGAGCAAGCUGUUGUGCACAACACUAUCUUGGAUUUCCUCCCAGAGAAGGUAGUACUUAGCUCCUCAUGUAAUGGGCUUAUUUGUUGCCGAAGUUGUUUCCCUGCUGAAGAUCCGGUGAUCUAUGUCUGCAACCCUUCCAUCAAGGAAUGGGUUGAAGUAAAGUGGGCAAAUACUGAUAAAAAAGACAGCCUUGCAUUAGUCUUCAAUCCUCUUAGUCAUCCAGUUGAUAUACGCAGAGAUUUCAAAGUUGUUAAGAUCCAUCAAACAGAAACGGAAGAAGAUUCAUACUUGUCAUUUGAAAUCUAUUCUUCUGAGACUGGAGCAUGGAAAAGCUUGGAGGAGGCAUUUGAAUGCUAUUAUAAUUUGUUCAAGAACCAUGGAAUUUUCGCGUCUGGUUUCUUGCAUUGGCUGACUGAUGGGGAUCACAUCCUUGUCAUCGACGCAGAAAAGGAGCAGGUGAAACUGAUCAGACUACCAUCUCCCACAAUGCCAGGUAAAGAAAUACCUGAAAUGUGCAUUGGGGAAUCCGGAGGAUAUCUACAUUUCAUCCGGAUCUCCAUGGCUGGGCUUCAAAUCUGGACCCUUGAAAAUUAUGCUGAGCCUGAAUGGGUGCUUAAAUGCUCCAUAAAACUAGAUGAUCUGGAGAAAGAAAAUCCAAAAUUCCUUUACAAGGUCUCACUGAAACUGGUUCGUCGGUUGACAAUAGAUGAGUUAUCAUGGGUGGAUCUUUUGGCAUUCCAAGGUGAUCUCUUGUUUAUGAGGGUAUCUUCCAAGGUCUACCUGUAUCACAUUAAGACAAGGAAGAUGAAGGAGCUCUGCACCCUAACACAAUUGUGCCACAACUCACUUGUGCUCCCCACGGUGCUUCCAUAUAGCAUGAGCCUGGUUCCAUUGGGACAACUCGCUUGUGCUCCCUAUUGUGCUUCCAUAUAGCAUAAGCGUGCUUUCAUUGGGAUAUCAUUAAGAAGUCCCUGAAGCUUUUAUUUUGAAGAGUAUACUAUAGGUUUUAUGAGCAGGAGAGGAGAAGGAAAGGAAAAACGCUGCAUCUACUUCUCGUUUUCAAGUUUUCGUCAAGUUAGAGAGUGGCUGUUUUUUUUGGGGGUUUGAAGGUUUUCACAGUGGCUGGUUUGGUUUUUCGGGUUAUUAGUGUCACUAGGGUCUGGAUGAAUACUUGCUCUUGUUGUCCACACAGAAUAUAUUCUGAAUACAUGUUCAGAGCCACUUAGGUAGGGAAAAAGCACAGAACAAAAAUGUUGGGAAUUAAUACUGGUCAAAGUUUUAUUCAGAAAUACUUUUUUGACUUUUUGAGAUGGAACCAGGGCCUCUUUUUACACACAUUGGAUGGGAUACUUUUGAAUUGUGAAUAUGUGCUUUUUCUAAGAGAAGAUUUGUUUAGAAAGUCCUGAAUCUGA